UUAGCUACAGAUAGACACACGUAUUUGAUCCGUUCUUCAUCCCAUUCUACCUUCUUAUCUUUAUUCUGGCAACGAAAACCCUACAGUACAUUAUGCCACCGACGGGGCCGAAACUCACCCUGGAGGAGCGGCGGAGAGGCGAAAUUGCGCUCAGCGAGUUCGCCGAAUACGCCGAAAAGCAGCAGGCCCAGCGCUCGGCCCCGCCUGUGCCCAGCGACGGUGGGUAUGAAACGGCCAGCGUCUUGCGUGUCCACGAGGACCACGCCGAGCUGGACAUCCUCGAUCAGCUGGCAUUGAGCGAUACGCCCAAGAUCGUCAAGCUGAAGGAGGUCCUCCUCGGCACCGGCGAGCAGCCCGACGACGACCUGCAGGUGCUGGCGAGCCUGCUGCAGUCCCGCAUCGACGAGGGCCACGGCGAGACGCUCUUCGACCUGGGCCUCGAGGACGGCGGCGAGUCGAUGCAGCUCGACCGGGAGCAGUGGACCACGGCCAUCCGGCGCCUGCGGGAGGCCGCGGACACGCUCCCGGCGCACUGCCGGGUCCUGGUCACCUACAACGUCGGCGGACCCGAGGAGUCGCGCGUCAAGAACGAGCGGACCAAGGGCUCGUGGGGGAAACUCCUGAUCCGCCAGCCAGCGAGCACCGUGGAGGAGAUGGCGGAGAUCCGCGUGGCGGUCGUGGGCAACGUCGAUGCCGGCAAGAGUACCAUGCUCGGGGUCCUCGUGAAGGGGAACCUGGACGAUGGGCGCGGCAAGGCCCGGCUCAACCUGUUCCGCCACAAGCAUGAGGUGGAGAGCGGCCGGACCAGCUCGGUGGGCAUGGAGAUCAUGGGCUUCGACAGCCGCGGCGAUAUCGUCAGCAGCUCCCAGGGACGCAAGCUGUCGUGGGAGGAGAUCGGGAAGCGCUCCGCGAAAGUGAUUGGCUUCUCGGAUUUGGCGGGCCACGAGCGGUACCUGCGGACGACGGUCUUUGGCAUGCUGAGCAGCAGCCCCAACUACUGUCUCCUGAUGGUCGCCGCGAACAACGGUCUGAUCGGCAUGAGCAAAGAGCAUCUGGGCAUUGCUCUGGCGCUCAACGUGCCGGUCAUGGUCAUUGUCACCAAGAUUGAUAUCUGCCCGCCCCAGAUCCUCCAGGAGACGCUGUCCCAGCUCAGCAAGAUCCUGAAGUCGCCGGGCGCUCGCAAGAUUCCCGUGUUCAUCAAGGACAUGGAGGAGACCAUCAACACGGCGACGCAGUUUGUCAGCCAGCGGAUAUGUCCCAUCUUCCAGGUGUCCAACGUGACUGGAGAGAACCUCGACCUCGUCCGGACCUUUUUGAACAUUCUUCCGCACCGGGGUCACUACAACGUUGAUGCGCCGUUCGAGUUCUUAAUCAACGACACCUUCUCGGUUCCUCACGUGGGUACGGUUGUGUCUGGGGUGGCCAAGUCCGGGGUGAUUCAUGCGGGUGACACCGUACUGGUCGGGCCCGACUCGCUUGGUCAGUUCACUACGACGACAAUCAAGUCCAUUGAGCGCAAACGAAUUCCGGUGAAUGCUUGCUUCGCUGGCCAGUCUGGCUCGUUCGCUCUGAAGCGCGUUCGGCGAAAGGAGGUCCGCAAGGGCAUGGUGGUUCUCAAGAAAUUGGACCAGGCCCCUAAGGUGUACCGGGAAUUCGUCGCCGAAGUGCUUAUCCUCUCCCACGCCACGACCAUCAAGCCACGCUAUCAGGCGAUGCUGCACGUAGGCGCCGUGAGUCAGACCUGUUCCGUCGUCGACAUUGAUCGUCCCUUCAUUCGGACUGGUGACCGUGCGUUGGUGGCUUUCCGGUUUGUCCAGCGCCCCGAGUUCCUCGCCCCCGGGGAUCGGGUGCUUUUCCGUGAGGGAAAGACCAAGGGUCUGGGAAUUGUCAAGAGCGUUGGCUAUGAUCCGAAGAACCCUCUGAACCCUGAAGCCAAGAGCGCAGGGGACACGGGCACUCCGAAAUGAUCUCAGCGUGUAU